AUGAAACCUAAUGACGUAUUCAAAAAUAUUAUAUGAAUAUGGGGAAUGGCAUUAUUUGAAUCCCAAUAUCUAUGCGUUACAAAUUUAGAAUUUGCAAUAUUUGACAGGCUUAAAUUGAUAAGCCUGAAGUAUAUUGGCUUUCAAAAAACUGAGGUACUAGACUGAAUGCAAAUAGCUCUUUGCAGUUUUGGAAUUAUUAGUUAG